CGGCGCGGGCGCGUGGCCGGGCCAGCGCGAUGAGCGGGGCCGGAGCUGCGCCCGAGGCUGCGGGCGCGGCGCGGGGGCUGCGGGUGGACGGGCUGCCCCCGCUGCCCAAGAGCCUGAGCGGGCUGCUGCACUCGGCGUCCGGCGGCGGCGCGGCGGGGGGCUGGCGGCACCUGGAGCGGCUGUACGCCCAGAAGUCGCGCAUCCAGGACGAGCUGAGCCGUGGCGGCGCGGGGGGCGGCGGCGGCGCCCGGAGCUCGGCGCUGCCCACCAAGCCGCCCAACCUGGACGCCGCGCUGGCCCUGCUCCGCAAGGAGAUGGUCGGCCUCCGGCAGCUGGACAUGUCCCUGCUCUGCCAGCUGUACAGCCUCCACGAGUCCAUCCAGGAGUACAAGGGGGCGUGCCAGGCGGCUGCCAGCGCCGACGGCAGCUACGCCCUGGAGAACGGCUUCUUCGACGAGGAGGAAGAGGAUUUCCAGGAGCAGAACUCGCCCGGCGAUGGGCGGGAACGAGGCCCCCCAAGGGACCUGUCGCUGCCCACCUCCACCCUCUCCAGCGGGGACUGGAUUCUGGAGUCCAUCUAGACUCUAGAUUCUGGGAGGCUUCCGGAGGGAGGUGACUUCCAGACACACUGUCGGCAUUUGCUUCUCUUGCGGGAGGCGCCCUGCCCCCCUAGAGGCCGGUCCCCGGGCCUGUGGGACCAGUGUGGCUGGUGUGCUGGCAGGGAGCUCCGCGCGCGCUGGUGGCAGUGCGAUUGGAUGGCCGAGGUUCUGCAGUGCCGUGGGCACCCUGGCACCCAGGCUGUGCUGCCGAGACUCAGGACGAGACCAGGGGGUCCCAGAGAAGGUCCUCGCGGUGUCUCCUGCCAGACGACUUCCAGCUGGACCCUUCCCGACAGGCGGCGGACGGUCUGUGCCCUCCGCCGCGGGUUCGCCUCCAGCUCGCCGUGCAUCGACACUAACGUCUCACUCGUUCCGCCUCAGCACCGCGGGCAGCCCUUUCUGCUGUUUCGUGAGGUUUUCGAGCCUCUUGGUUGAGCUUUUAUUUAUUUCUAAGCUGCACUACUAACUGUCCGGGUGACUCAGUGGAAGCUUUUUACUGAAAAAGCAAACAUAUCAGGUCACGCCAAUCCGCUGCAUUCUCUGGUCAACGCUUGUCUCGCUCUUGCCCAUCAGCUUCAGGGGGAAGGAGGAGAGUGCGGAGCUGUGUCGAGCGGGGCGGCGGGCAAGCUCCUGCUUCGUGUCCCGUGUCGGGUGGCAAACGCUUUUCAUUUAAAACGUUCUGAAUGGUAACUAGUACGGCAGAGAGGGAACCCCUUCCUCACUCAGAGCAGCGGUCACUCACCUUAAGCCUUAAUGUAUUUAUUAAAACCCUUUAUGAACACUUUCUACUUUGUAGGCCAAACACCAGGAUAAAAUGUUGAACUCUC